CGGGGCAGCCCGGGCCAUCGAGGCGCUCGGCGCUCGUCUGGGGGUGCCUGGGCAAGAUGGCGCCGCCCGUGUCUGUGGGGCGCUGAGGCGGGAGCGGGGCGGGCGAUGCUGGCGCUGCCGAGGGCUCUGGGCCGCUCCCUGGCGGGGCCGCUCCGCUGCGGGACCGCGGUCCUGGGCAGCGGCGGAGGGGCCGCUCGCAGCCCCUUUGUUCAGACAGCCAGAUGUUACGCCACGCCUGUGAGAAGGAAGAGGAAAGACAUCCCCAGCCAGCUGGAUGAUCUCCCUCCCACAGUGCUGAAGAAAGACUAUGCUGAUGUCCCCAUAAUGGAUAGUGUUGAUGAUGUGGUGAGAAGGCUUUUGUCACUGGAGAUGGCAAGCCAGAAGGAGAAGAUGAAAGUAAAGACUCAGCAGCUGGUGGAGAAGGUCAGGAGGUCUCCCAAUGACAACGGCUCCUUUGAGGUGCAGGUUGCUAUAUUGACUGCCAAGAUCCGCAGCUACGAGGAACAUCUCCAGAAGCAUCCCAAGGACAAGGACAACCGCCGGCGCAUGCUGAUGGACAUGGACCGACGCAAGAAGCUCCUCUCCUACCUGCGCCGCGUCCGCUACGACACCUUUGAGAACACCUGCAAGCAGCUCAACAUCCAGUACACCCUGCCACCCCCCUACACCCGCAGGGUCACCAAACGCUGGAUGGUGAAGAAGGCUUUCUGCCUGAAGGUUUUCCAGGAGGCACAGAAGCUGAAAAAAGCAGAGAGGCUGAAGCAGCGCAGAGAGUGGAGCCAGAGCCAGAGCUGCCAGGGAGAAGGAGGCACAAAGGGGACAGAGGGGACACCCGUGUAGCUGUGACACAGCCCUGCUCCUCAGCAAUAAAGAACUACCUAGAGA